AUGCCUAAUCAUCCUCGAGGUAGCCUUGCCCGGAUCGAAGCAAACUCUCACCGAACGGUAACAAUCGAGACGGAAUGGAGCAGCAGCAUAGCGGCUAAGUGCCACCCGCAAGAACAGUCGCCCAUCUUCCAAAUUCCAAAGGAGCUACGAGACGAAGUAUUCCGAUAUGCAACAGCGCCGUACGAGAGCCUUGACCGUUGUGACAAUUCCGACUUACUGGUCUGCUGCGCCGAGCAUGGCAUCAUCAGCCCUCCCCCAAUGCGGACUUUUGAGCCUAAGACAGGCUCCCUUCGGAAAGCCUCCGUCACAGCCAUCCUAGCUACGUGUAGGCGGGCAUGGCUAGAAGCAAAUGGUCUGCCUUUGCGUCAGGCUGUCCCUUCCUUCUGGCUGCAUGAGGGUGGUCGGCGUGGGCAGGAGGUCGCAUACGACACGCAGUCCCAACAAGGUGUCAUAAGCCGUACGAAUACUAUACGUCCACUCAACAAAGCCAUUGCUGACAUCUUCUUCAAGAUUCACCCAAAGGCUCACGACGAACAACCGGGCAGACCUCCAAAACCUCCAUUUUGUCGUGGAUACCUGGAAUUUCCGUCCUUACGUGGAGAAUGGCUGAGAGAAAACCCGGACUUGGAACUGGACUUCACUUGGAUCCUCACUAUGCUACAAUGCCCUGCUAUGCAAGACCUAUUAGAGCUACGAGUCGAGCUGGAAGCCAUAGAUGCGGCGGAUGAACCACUGUUAGAGUUCUUCCGCCGCCGCAUUAGGCAAGCAUUUCAGCCUAUCCAGACUGUUCGUUGCCUUGGCUGCAGAUGGAAUAUCGACCUACACGAAAGCGACUUGGGCAAGCUGGUCAAGCCACCGGACAGGAAGCCGUGUAAGAGAACGGUUAAUUGCGUUGCAGCCAUGGUUUGGACUGUUGUCGAAGCCAAGGAAGCUCGGACAAACUCUGACCACCACAAGUGUCGACCGAACCUGGAAGAACUGUUCACUAUUGGCUCCACUGGAAGCGAGGCGGAAUAUGAAGGCUAUGAUCAGGAACGCGUGGAGUCUUUGCAAUUAGAAGAGCUCCUUGAAAGCGAGAACCAGGUCCCUCAUCUGGAGUGCACACAGGACUGUCAUCUCUACCGUGAGAUGUACCUCGAGAAGUGGGCAAGACAGAACAGUUUGCUGAAGUUUGAGCCAGUCUCAUGA